CAAAAACUUACGCAAUCGUGAAACAAUUGCUUGCGGAAGGAAAUGCCGGAGAACUGCAGAAAUACUUUGGCUCGCGGAUGGAGUUUGGCACAGCAGGGCUCAGAGCUGCCAUGGGAGCAGGGAUUUCCCACAUGAAUGACUUGACUAUUAUCCAGACAACCCAGGGAUUUUGCAGAUACCUUGAGAAGAAUUUCAGUGACCUGAAAAAGAGAGGAGUUGUGAUUGGGUUUGAUGCUCGUGCUCAUCUUUCCAGUGGAGGUAGCAGUAAAAGGUUUGCAAGGCUUGCUGCCAAUACCUUCAUCAGUCAGGGAGUUCCAGUUUAUCUAUUCUCUGAUAUAAUACCAACUCCCUUUGUGCCGUACACAGUAACUCAUCUGAAGCUUUGUGCUGGAAUUAUGGUUACUGCUUCCCAUAAUCCAAAACAAGACAAUGGUUAUAAGGUUUAUUGGGAAAACGGUGCUCAGAUCAUUUCCCCUCAUGACAAAGGAAUUUCUCAGGCUAUUGAGGAGAACCAAGAACCGUGGCCUCAGGCUUGGGAUGACAAACUGAUUGACAGCAGCCCUCUACUUCAUGAUCCAUAUGCCAUGGUCAAUAAGGAGUAUUUCAAAGACAUACAGAAACAGUGCUUUUACAGGAAUAUAAACAAGGAAACAAACCUGAAAUUUGUUCAUACUUCUGUGCAUGGCGUAGGACAUAAAUUUGUGCAGUUGGCAUUCAAGGCAUUUGACCUUAGCCCUCCUUUUGCUGUUCCGGAGCAGAAAGAUCCCGAUCCAGACUUUCCCACAGUGAAGUAUCCAAAUCCUGAAGAAGGCAAAGGUGUUCUGACAUUGUCUUUUGCUUUGGCUGAAAAAGAUGGGGCAAGAAUCAUUUUAGCAAAUGAUCCUGAUGCUGAUCGACUGGCAGUGGCAGAGAAACAAGAGAGUGGUGAAUGGAAAGUGUUUUCUGGAAAUGAACUAGGAGCUCUUUUAGGCUGGUGGAUCUUCACUUGCUGGAAAAAUAACAGUAGGGAUACUCGUGCCAUUAAAGAUGUCUACAUGUUAUCCAGUACUGUUUCUUCCAAAAUCCUGAGAGCAAUUGCACUAAAGGAAGGUUUUCACUUUGAGGAAACACUGACAGGUUUCAAGUGGAUGGGCAACCGUGCCAAACAGCUCAUGGACCAGGGGAAAGCUGUUCUUUUUGCAUUUGAAGAGGCUAUAGGGUAUAUGUGCUGUCCUGCUGUUCUGGACAAAGAUGGUGUCAGUGCUGCUGUUAUAACUGCAGAGAUGGCCAGCUUUUUGGCAACCAGGAAUUUAUCCUUGUCUCAGCAGCUGAAAGCUGUCUAUGAUGAAUAUGGCUUCCAUAUUACCAAAGCUUCGUAUUUCAUCUGCCAUGAUCCUAAAGUUAUUCAACAGCUUUUUGACAACCUUAGAAAUUUUGAUGGAAAAAACACAUACCCAAAAUCUUGUGGUAGAUUUAAAGUUUCUGGAAUAAGGGAUCUAACUACAGGGUAUGAUAGCAGCCAGCCAGAUCAAAAGGCUAUACUUCCUACUAGUAAAAGCAGCCAAAUGAUAACAUUCACUUUUGCUAAUGGAGGAGUGGCCACAAUGAGAACCAGUGGGACAGAACCAAAGAUCAAAUACUAUUCUGAACUUUGUGCACCCCCUGGAAACAGUGAUGUUGAACAGCUGAAGAAGGAACUAGAUGAAUUGGUCAAUGCUCUUGAAAAGCACUUCUUUCAACCAGAAAAAAACAAACUUCAACGAAAGACUGAGUAAAAUUGCAAAAUUACUACCUUGAUUGGCUUUUGCAGCAUUAGAAGUGCAUUUUUUAAGAAGUGUUUUUUAGGACCAAACCCCUGAGAACUCUGACUACAAAGACUUCUGCUUUUAAGAGAUUUUUUUGGGUACUCUUGGCUCUAGUAUCUUACUUUGGAAGGAAAGUGCCUUUACCCUGGAUGGACCAAAAAAACCCAAUCAGUUGAACAAAAGCUUUACGAACUAAAAGUUGACUACAAAUGUAUUUCAAUCAAAACUUGUUUUAAUUAAAU